AUGGUCGAAAAAGUAUACGUGACCUACAAUGAGAUUCAUAAAUUAUGCCAGACCUCGGCCCCUAGAAUACUUCAAGACUUCCAGCCAAACUUGAUGAUCGCAAUUGGUGGAGGCGGAUAUGUCCCUGCGCGAAUCCUGAGAUCAUUUCUCAAGCAACCAGGCGCCCCCAACAUCCCUAUUCAGGCCAUUGGUCUCUCCCUCUACGAGCAACUCUCUGGCUCAGAUCCGGUUGAAGCACCAGGUACAAAGGUCACCAGGACACAAUGGCUCGAUCUUUCUUCACUCGAAAUGUCGAAUCUGAUUGGCAAGAACGUUCUCAUUGUUGAUGAGGUGGAUGACACUCGUACAACUCUCGAGUAUGCCGUCAAGGAAUUGGAAAAGGAUGUUGAAAUAGCCAGACAACAACAGGGCAGGCAAGAAAAGACGAAAUUCUCCAUAUUCGUUUUGCACAACAAAGACAAGGAAAAGAAAGGACGGCUGCCAGUUGACAUGGUCAAUGAGAAUCGAUAUUUGGCGGCAGUCACUGUGCCUGAUGUCUGGAUCUGCUAUCCUUGGGAGGCCACAGAUAUUGAUGAGCAUGACCAGCUUGCGGCCCAGCACAGCGCCGUAUAG